AUGGCGGACGCGCGGCUCUCUUUCGGCGGCGGCGGCGAUCUACCGUGCCAUAGAGCCAUCCUGGCGGCGCGGUCCCGGCUGUUUAGGAAAGUUCUGUCAGCCCGAGGGGCGUCCGACGAGCCACGCGUCAUCCACAUUGAUGAGAAGGUGCUCCCACGGAGGUUCGCGCCCGCGCUGCUACACGCGGCGUAUACCGACCAGGUGGACCUGAGCCUCAUCCAGAGGGCGCCAUCUUCGCCCACUUCUACUAAUAGCUCCGGCACUUCUAAUGCGGCAUGGCCAGGCAGCGGCGGGCGCGGCUCUCACUCGGCGCAGCUAGAGGACGCGUUCCAGCUGUACGAGAUAGCUAGAUUCAUGGAGAUGCCGAUCCUGGCGCAGGGCUGCGAGGAGCGACUCGUGGCGCAGCUGUCGCCGGCUACGCUGCCGCGCCUGCUGCGCUGGGCGGUGCAGCCGCACGCGAGUAGAUAUGUGCAUAGACAAGCAAUGCGCUACCUGCUAGACGAGUUCCACACAGUGAUGUCGUCGCCGCACGGCCCGCGCGUGCCUCGCGCGGCGCUGGCCCGGGCACUCGCCUCGAGCGAGCUGCAGUGUAGCGAGCCACAGGCCCUCAGAGCGGUGUUGAGAUGGGCUGAGCAUGCGCCUAAUAACACUCAACAGCCAAGUAAGUAGA